AUGACACGAUCGGUCCUUGACAUCGCUGACGUCUUUGUCACAAUCUUCCAGUACGCGCCAUCGCAUCGAGACGUCAUCUCGUUCCUUCGAGCGCUGCCGCCGGUCCUCGUGACGCCACCGCUGGCGGCGCUUCUCGAACUCCUACAACUGACGAUGCGACGAACGCCGGCCCUAUGCUGGCCGCGCCCAUGCCUCAGUGCCGUGAUCGAGGCCAACAUUGAUCGAUUUGUGUCGGCCAUGCCCACUUUCACCUCGGUGUGCAUCGAUACCGUGUCGAUCAGUCAUCGCUGCCCCACGUACAUAGAGGCCAGCGAGC